CCGCCUUUGUGCACACGGCACCGGACUGGUGCGGAGCGCACAAAACCAACGUGUUUCUGUUUACCUCCGCUGUGUGAGUGGGUCCGGAGUGGGACACCGACACGCGUGGCCGCUCGGGCCGCUGAACACGGUGUUAAAUACGGUUUAAUGGUUAAAUUUGACCGGCAGGCUGCGGUCCAGACUGGGCGGCAGAACGAGGCCUGAUUCCGGGCCGCAGCCAUCUGGAACAUCCCGCCUGUCAGCAUCCAGAGCGGGGAAGCCCAGUCCGGGCUGAUAGCAUGAGGGACAACCCGACGUGACGUUUUGUCCCAGCAGAGAUGCUGACUGACCAGAUGGCUGCAGCCAUCUUGGCUGCGACGCUCUGCUUCGCCGCCAGCUGCGUUUGGGCGGCGGCGGACUGCUCGCCGUCCCCCACCGAGGCCUCCGGCGGCGCCCAGCUCCUGACCGCUGUGGUGGACGCUCAGAGGGCCGAGCUGGCCCGAAGGCAACACCUGGAGGCGCUGUUCCACAGGUACGGAGAGAACGGCUCCAUCUCUCUGGACGGCCUGAAGCGUCUGCUGCGGAGCGUCGGCAUCGACCGGAUCCGGACCGUCAUGGUGAAGCACCGGGAACAAGCCGGCCACCACCAUGACCGUCAUCACCAACACCAUCAUCAUCACCACCCGGCUGCCGACCAGAACAGAACCGAGGACCUGCAGCAAACCCAACCCACUGUGUCUGUGGCGCCGGGUCGGGACGGCAGAACCGCCGACGGCUCCGGAUUGUUGGUGAAAACCCAAAAGAGAAGCUUGGCUGGAGAAGGAGUGACCACGGUCGCCACGGCAAUGGCGGUUAAAACCGAGCCAGCGGGCCAUCAUGAGGAACUGGACCGGGAUCAUCUGCAGAACCACAGCCUGGAGGAGGACGAGGUUCGACUGACACAGGAAGAGUGCCUGAACGCCUCGGGCCUCCUCCUCUCACACGGGAUGUCCCAGGAAGGAGGCGUCGCCCUGGGAGACUUCGCCUUCCUGUGCCCCGCCCUCCUCCACCAGAUCGACAGCGGGGCGUGUCUCCUCCACGGCGACGCCUCCCGACACGAAGACGCAGGACAUAAACACCAUCAACAUUCACACGGUCACCAUGGAAACCACGACCACAGCUUCGCCACCCGGAACCACAGCGAGCCCAGCAGCGGCGAAAACGGAAAACGCAUCGCAACAGCCUGGGUCGGCGGCUUCGUCUCCAUCACCGUCAUCAGCACGCUGUCCCUGCUGGGCGUCCUCCUCAUCCCGCUCAUGAACAGAGUCUUCUUCAAGUUCCUGCUCAGCUUCCUGGUGGCGCUGGCCGUGGGAUCGCUGAGCGGCGACGCCUUCCUGCACCUCAUUCCUCAUUCUCAUGGGAAUCACGAUCACCACCAUCACCCGGACAACCACCACCAUCACCUGGACGCCGCCGACGACCUUCACCCUCACGACGACGGCGAGGAGAACAUGGACGGCGUGUGGAAAGGCCUGACGGCUCUGGGCGGAGUCUACUUCAUGUUCCUGAUCGAACACUUCCUGACGCUGGGAAAAAUGUACAAAGACAAGAAACAAAAGGUCCAGAAGAAGUGGGACCAGACGGACAAAUCGGACCCGGAGAAGCAGCCGGCUCUGGAGGAGAGCGAGCUGAAGCCAAACGAAGACGUGGAGCCGAACGGCGCCGGUGCGUUCGGCGAGCUCCCGAGCGGCGUGGCGGAGGAGGAGCAGGUGAUGCUGACGCCGCAGGUUUCCGUGGUAACGGAACAGACGUACGGCCGGCCCGCGGGGGGCAGCGCCGGCGCCGGAUACUCGGCCGAGGACUGCGAGAACAAAUGCCACUCCCACUUCCACGACACGGUGGGGCAGGCGGACAGCAUGCACCACCAUCACCAUGACUACCACCACAUCCUGCACCACCACCACUCCCAGAACCACCACCCCCACAGCCACGCCCACUCCUACUCCGAGGAGCACUUCCAGCAGGCCGGCGUCGCCACGCUGGCCUGGAUGGUCAUCAUGGGCGACGGCCUGCACAACUUCAGCGACGGCCUCGCCAUCGGAGCCGCCUUCAGUGAGAGUCUGUCCAGCGGGCUGAGCACAUCGGUGGCCGUUUUCUGCCACGAGCUGCCACACGAGCUGGGUGACUUUGCGGUGCUGCUGAAGGCGGGCAUGACGGUUCGCCAGGCCAUCCUCUACAACGUUCUGUCGGCCAUGAUGGCGUACCUCGGCAUGGUGACGGGCAUCCUGAUCGGCCACUACGCUGAAAACAUUUCCACCUGGAUCUUUGCCCUGACGUCCGGACUCUUCAUGUACGUGGCGCUGGUGGACAUGGUGCCGGAGAUGCUGCACAACGACGCCGGCGACCACGGCUUCAGCCACUGGGGCUUCUUCCUGCUACAGAACGCCGGCAUCCUGCUGGGCUUCUGCAUCAUGCUGCUCAUCGCGCUGUUCGAGCACAAAAUCCAGCUGGACCUGGGGUACUGACCCGCACUGCGAUACAUCCUGUUUCAGUUCACGUCAGAAACGGCAGGAAGCCUGGAGGGAGCCUGGAGGAGUCCUGGAGGGAGCCUGGAGGAAUCCUGGAGGGAGCCUGGAGGGAACCUGGAGGAGUCCUGGAGGAGUCCAGGCCUGGAGCUGCUCAGCCGGGUUCACAGGUGGAAACUGUCUGGAGUUUCUUCUGGGUUUCUUUCUCUAUGAACACAUUAAUUUUCUCUCUGAACUUCAUCUGUUGGGUCAAUUAGUUUAGUUUUUUAUAUCAUUUUUACGUUUUUCUCAGUGAAACCUGAUCAGUGUUACAAAGGUACAACCUUCCAAACCACAGUUCCUCUUCAAUCUGUGACUCUGUGUGAAACCUGACAGGAAGCAGAAGCAGAAGGCGGUUCAUGAUGAGUCUGAUGUUACUUUUAGGUUUCUUUUUUUAAAAUGAAUGCUUUCAUAUCCAUUCAUACUUCUGGAGUUUUUUGUUGGUGUUGAAUCUUUGUUUCUCGUCACUCCGUCUGGAAUAAAAAUCACAUUUUCCCAAACAGGAGGCUUUAGAAACUUCUGCUCUGAAUGUUAAACAGAAAAGAAACCCUGAAAUAAAAAUGAUUUCCAGAGAAGCACCAACAGGCGGUGCGUUCAGGAGCUGAAGGAGUUUUUACACUCGGCGUGUUUUUCCUCUAAUUGAUCCGGCUGCUUUUAAAGGUCCGUUUUAUUAAAAUAAUCCCUGAAACAUUUGGACAGAACCGGAGAGAAAACGGAUCCAGUUACAGGAAAAGUCCUGAACCAAAGCUGUUAAAAAUGCUUUUAUUUUGAAGGAAAGACGCUGAUUUGGGUUUAAAUCCUCAGAUUUCGGUUCUGGUUCCUGUUAGUUGAAUUUGUGGGUGAAAGUUUGAAGCCAGUUUGUUUGUGUUUUAUAUUUUAUUGUUUUGGUUGUUUAUAAAAUGAAUAUGGAUGUUAGUUAUGAAUCGAUCACUAAUGCAGAGAUUCCUCUAAGUUUUCCCAAACAGCCAAACUGUGUGGAGGUGAAUUUUCAUCCAAUCAGCAUCAGCAGAUAAAAUGAGCUUCAUGUUUGCUCUGCUCUCAUUGGAUGAAUUUUCUGCUUCAAGCAUUGAAGAAAAACAUCUUUUUAAUUUAUUUUAUUUGUUAUAUAAUGCACAAACUUAUGUUAUAUUCAUUGCCUUGUUUAGAGAAGUGUUGUAGAAAUGUUCUUCAGCUGACUUCAGGCCAGAAAAGCUUUUUCGUUUCUAUGGUUACAGAUUGAAGAUGGCAGCUCAUAGAAAACAGGUUUUUCCUCCGUGUUUUAAUUUUCUUCUGUUCAGGAUGAAGAGCAGCAGAAGAAACUGAUUCCUCUGAAGUUCAGGUCAAAGUUUCCUCUCUGUGGAUCCAACAUGUACAGUAAAUAUUAAACUGUAAAUAUUUAGCUGUUAGGUUUAUGUAAACAGUCUGCAUUAUGUUUCACUGACACAAACCCAACCUGCUGCAGAAAAAACCUAAAGGUUUGGGAAACGAUAGAAAAAUUAAAUCCAUUAAAGAUGAAAUCUCA